AACGUAUAACGCGGCUUCACACUAUCUUCUCCUUCUUGAUCAUCCCAACCUCCACUCAAACCGUCUCAAGAUGGCACCAAAGAAGGCCAAGAGGAGGCAGGCAGCAGGAGACAGCGGCUCCUCCAACGUGUUCUCCAUGUUUGAGCAGAGCCAGAUUCAGGAGUACAAAGAGGCUUUCACAAUCAUUGACCAGAACAGAGAUGGUAUCAUCAGCAAAGAUGACCUGAGGGACGUGCUGGCUUCAAUGGGCCAACUGAACGUGAAGAAUGAGGAGCUUGAGGCCAUGAUCAAGGAGGCCAGCGGCCCCAUCAACUUCACCGUCUUCCUCACCAUGUUUGGAGAGAAGCUGAAGGGUGCUGACCCCGAGGACGUUAUUCUUACCGCCUUUAAGGUCCUGGACCCCGAGGGUACUGGAAGCAUCAAGAAGGAAUUCCUUCAGGAGCUGCUGACCACUCAGUGUGACAGGUUCAGCCCAGAAGAGAUUAAGAACAUGUGGUCCGCCUUCCCCCCAGAUGUUGCUGGCAACGUAGACUACAAGAACAUCUGCUACGUCAUCACACACGGAGAGGAGAAGGAGGAGUAAAGAGAAAGCUAGAAGACAAGAAAAACAGCAAUCCCUUGCUAUUCUGCCUUCCCUGCCCUUUUCUUUCCUCCUCUUCCCCCCGCUCACCUUUUGUGUAAAACCCAUGUGCUCGGCCACUCAUGUUCAAACCAAAGACUUGUCACACUGACACAUGAGAGUGCGGAUGUCACAUGGGAUGUCUAUGUUUGCUUAUGGGGAAUAGGGGUGAGUUUCAAUAAAAAUUAUCCUGUAACAUCAUUUCCAUCCACAAGCUUUUCUCAUAACACCUUUUUCUUUCCUCGCAACCAUCUUCCAUCUUCUCACCUCUUUAUCUCUGCCCCGGCCUGUAACUUCAGCCUUUGAGGUGUGUAUGAGAAUGUGUCCCUAUGUUUCCUUCAGUAUCUGAGGGGAAGACAGGUUUACUGCACACACAAAACACACGAGGACCUCAUUCCAAAUUUUGAAGAUGUCCUCUUGGGUGGGGGUAGGUGAGAGGAAAGGAGACAAUUUGCAGGUUGAAAAGGAAAAAGUUGCCUCCUUAAAGCGACGACAACUUUUUCCCCUUUGAAAAGUUAACGACAAAAAAAAAAAAAAGGCUGAAGGAGAGGAGAGAAAAGGUCGAAAGAAAA